CACCAUAAAUUCACCUUCUUAUAUACAUAAUAUGCCUUGUCUGGCUUCAAUGGCUACUCCUAUCUAAUUAGCUUCUUCUCUCUCAUUUCUGUACCUUGUGGCUCUUGCACUUUCAUUACAAUCAACCUUUUUUGUCUGAAAAUGGCAGGUGAAGAUCCAGUUGUUUUCGAAGACUACUUUCCGUCGAUGAUUGAAAGACUGGGUUCCGAUGGAUUCAUGAGAGAGCUAUGUAAUGGCUUCUGUUUGUUGAUGGACGUUGAAAAAGGGCUCAUCACGUUCGAGAGCUUGAAGAAAAACACACUGUUACUAGGAUUGUAUGAUCUUGGAGAUGAUGAGCUUGUGUGCAUGUUAGCAGAAGGAGAUCUGGAUGGUGAUGGGGCUCUGAAUCAGAUGGAGUUCUGUAUCCUCAUGUUUAGAUUGAGUCCAGGGUUAAUGGAUGGAUCGAAGCGAGCGAUACAAGAGAUGGGUGUAAACUAUGUUAUGUAAAACUCUAAAGUUGCCGUGGCCAUGGCUUCUUUCCAUGUGUUUUAUUUGUAAGAAUGUUUUAAGGAUUGAAUAAUAUGAAAAU